AUGGAAAAAAAUGGACAAAAUCCAGGGCAAACAUUACCCGGUCCAGGUCAAAAGCAAACACCAUUGGCUAACAACACCAGCCAAACAAAAUCACCUAUAGCCCCGCUCAUCUUGGAGGGAGGAAAACUGGCCAAAAUGAAGGUAAGCGACCUCAUCAAGAAGCACUUAAAAGACAUUCGUGUUAAUAACAUCCAACUAAGUCGCACAGGAAUGUUCACACUAUACGCAAGCGACGUAAGCUCAUUUAAUCGCCUAUUAAACGAGUUUACAGUUAUUCUUGCAACAAAUGAUACAGACAAAGUAGCCUUUGUUAAACGAGUCGAUCUAGAAAUACCAGAGGAUCGAAUAACGGUAGCAUUAAAAGACGUUGGUCUCGAUGUUACAGAUGUUAGUCGAUUAAAAAAUAAAGAGCGAAACACACCGACUCAAACAGUAAAAGUAACAUUCAAUGAUGCAAAAAAUCGAAACACGUUUGUCCAAACAGGGCUGCAGGUCGAUUUAAUGCACUUUGUGGCUGAAGCAGCCAAACACAAUUCAAAGCCAGUACAAUGCUUCAUGUGCCUCAGAUACAACCACGUAGCGAAGUACUGCAAGACAAAACAGCAAGCAUGCGCAAGAUGUGGCGACAAUCAUCAGGUCGACAAAUGCAGUGGUGCAGCCGAUACAUGGAAGUGCUGCAAUUGCAAAGGAAGUCGCUUAGCAACGUCAAAUGAAUGCCCCAUUUACAAGGAGCAGGAAAAACGUAUGUUAAGGGCCGUCCAACAAUACAGCACUUCUUCAUCACAACUAACAGCAACACAAUACAACAUCAACAGUCUUGUCGAUUUUCCGAUGUUAUCAUCAAAUUCGCAACAAGGCUUCAACACAUCAUCGAACAACUUAAUCGAUACAUUAGUCAAUAUACUAUCCAUGAAAAUGGAGAAAACUAUUGAAGCAACAACAAAUCGAUUAAUGAAAUCUCUUCAUCAACGUAUUAGCAAGAUAGAAAAGACCAUUGCAGCUGUCGAUAGUAUGAUGGGUGUGAUAUCCACUGAAACAUCCGAUGAUUCAAUGACAGACAGUGACAAUGAAAUUCAUGUUAUCAACGUUCAACAAAACGUACAACAACAUGCAACAAAAAACACCGCCACAUCUGCAAUAUCAAAUUCAACACCACAACAGCCCACAACAACCAACGAUAUUAAAAAACCACCAAACAAGAAGAAAGCAACAUCGAAAACAGUUAAAAGAAAUCGGUCACCAAAUAGUUCACUAGAUGCCACUACAACGAACAAAAAAGAUAUGUAG